AUGCAGAAGAUGAAAACUAUGGAUUCUACUUUGUUAAAAGCCAGUCGUGUUUACCUUGAUUGCUCCGCCAUGGUGAAAAAGCUUCAUGCUAUGACUUACAAUGCUGAAGCAGGUGCAAUCUCAGAAGAUGCAAGUUGCUUUUCCCGCCUCUCUUUGAAGUUGACUGCUGAAUAUUUUACCCUAGAGCCUGAGAAAUGGGUGCUCCCCAACAUAGAUAAACUUGGUGGUUUGCUGGUUGCAGAUAAGGUGAUGGUGAGCCUACCGACAACGCAGCAAGGUUCUACAAAUGGUUUAGAGGAAAAAGAUAGAGGGGAUUGGCUUGGGAAUCUUCAGUAUGAAGUAUUUAGCCUCGAAAACCAGCAAUAUGAGCAUUUGAACAAGGUCUAA